GGAUGGGAAAAGUGGGUUGCUUCUUUCUCGUGGGACAAACUGCAGUUUAGGGGUCAACCUCUCCCUGCAACCUCUGGGGGCAGGUUAGAACCGAAGGCUUUCCACCUUGUUUCCUUGUAAAACAGGCAGGAAUCCGACAGGUAUGUCUUCUCUCCUGGCAUGGAGAAACUGCCAUGGUAGCCGACUGUGGCCUCUUGGCCCGAUAUUAACCCUGCCGUUUCGAAAGGGCAGAGGAGCAAAGCUCUGUUUGGGUGUUGGCUAGGCGUGAAGCAUGCCAGGCUCUUGCUGGGACAACAAAGGGGACUUCCUUUAGCCACUGUAGUUUUGGCCUCUCUCGCAAAUUGUCCCAGGAAUGUGGGCUUGGCCGCCUCGAUGUGUGCCUUUCCUUGAGGGCGGCUGUUUACCCAUUUUUGGCCUGGCUCCCUAGGUGAGCGAUUCAGAAAACCUCUGUUGGCAGCACUUGAGAGUCUGUUACACGGACUUCGAAAGGCACGAGUGAAGUGUCACUGAGUGGGUAGAGCGCCGGCUUUUGCAAGCGCCGGAGUUUGCAGGUUGCAUCCUCUCUGGUUAAGAACAUGAUUGUUGCUUGGGGUGGGGGAGAGAGAGACCCCUCUCUCUGCCUGAGACGCUGGAGAACGGCUGCCGGUCAGAGCAGGCAGUAUUGGGGCAAGGCGGCAUCCGGAGAAUUACACAUGGACAUCAGAAGAGACCACCCAGAUACCCCAAUGGCAAACCUGCAAACUGGACCUGAGGACGACAUCCACUCUCCCCUCCUUUGUUUCCAGAAGCUGGCAUUCAGGAGCAUUGCCGAGCAUAGCCAUCAUGCCUAGUGGUCACCGAAAGCCCUCUCCUCCUUUGUGAAUUUCCCUCACCCUAUUUUAAAGCCAUCCAAGUUGAGGACCAUCCCGGCCUCCUGCAGCGGGGAGUUCCAUCGUUUAACUACGAGCUGCGCGAAUCGUAGAGUUGGAAGGGGUUGCCUUAGAGUCCCCUGCAAAGAAGGGCUUUCUUUUACGGAAGAUGCUAGGCUGGGCGGAGGCAUGUAUAAUAUUUUUGCCUGCGGUUAACCCUCCGCGGAAGUAUUUCGUCGACCCUUAGAUUGGAUAGCUCAGCAGGUUGCAGACAUGGAAGAAAUGGUAAUCUGGGAACAGUAUACAAUCACGCUAAACAGGGAUCCCCGGAGGGGCUUCGGGAUUGCCAUAUCGGGAGGCCGGGAUCGCCCCAGCGGCGUUGACGGAGACACAUCCAUCAUCAUCUCUGACGUGGUGCCCGGGGGCCCUGCUGAUGGCCGGCUCCAGACCCGGGACAAGAUAGCCAUGGUGAAUGGGAUUUCCAUGGAGAAUGUGUCGUCCUCCUUUGCUAUCCACACCUUGAAAGGCUGCGGGAAAGUGGCCAAUAUUACGGUCAAGCGACCCCGAAAAGUGCACCUCCCUGCAGCCAAGCCCAGCUCUCCCAAAAGCCUGCUGCUCUCCAGCCCGGAUUUGCGCGACGGCCGGAAUGGCGACUCCGACGAGGAGGAUGGAGGCUACCGGGCGCCUUCUGCGCGGGGUGGAUUAGUGGCUGGCGGCCGGCGCCAGGCUGAGGUGGAGCACAACCGCGGCUACGACGGCGACUCGUCCAGUGAGAGGAGUUCCGGGCGGCACCGGGACGAGGAAGACGUCCCCCGCAGGUACCCAGUCCGGAGCAGGAGGCGGAGUCAAGACGGCGGGCACCGGAGGCGGAGCCAAGACAGCGGGUCAGACCGGCAGCGCUUCACCAAUGGGUACAGCCACAGAGGCAGCGCCAGCGGGCUGGCCCUGGUGUCCGGGUUCAAGAGGCUUCCGCAGCAGCAGGACGUGCCGAUGAAACCGGUCCGCUCUGUUCUGGUAAAGAGCAAGGAGAGCGAAGAGUUUGGCUUAAAGCUGGGGAGCCAGAUAUUUAUAAAACACAUCACGGACACAGGAUUGGCGGCUAAGGACAGUUCUUUGCAGGAGGGGGACCUCAUAUUGAAGAUCAACGGGGUGUCGAGUGAGAAUCUGUCCCUGGAGGAGACGCGGCGGCUGAUCGAGCUCUCAGAGGGGAGGCUGACUCUGGUGGUCCUUCGGGAUAACAGCCAAUUCCUGGUGAACAUCCCCCAAGUGAGAGACAGCGAAAGCGAAAGCUCCCAUCUGGACGACAUCUCUGACCUCGGCUCGGACAUUUCGCCGCCUCCAGCUCCCCCAGCGAGUGUGCCGAACUCCCCGGGAUCUCCAAAGUGGAAUCCUGCCCCCAGGACCCUACGGCGCUCUAGCAGGGAGCAAACAUCACCCGAAAAUUUGAUGACACCCCCACUUCACGAAGUCCAAGGGAGCCCCGAAAACAACUGCGAUGCCCACACUGACACUUUCGCCUCCCAGACUGGCGCAAAUUAUGGAUACAGCCCUGAUUCCAAGGUGGUGCGUUUCAUAAAAGCCAAGAACAUCGGUCUCCGCCUAGCUGGUGGCAACGAUGUCGGCAUCUUCGUUGCUGGAGUGCAGGAAGGCAGCCCGGCCAAGAUCCAAGGCAUCGAGGAAGGAGAUCAGAUCCUUCAGGUGAACGAGCAAAUUUUUCACAACCUCACCCGUGAAGAGGCCAUUCAGUACCUCCUGGAGUUGCCGCCGGGCGAAGAGGUGGCGUUGCACGUUCAGAAUAAGCAGGACAUCUACAGGAAGAUGGUGAAGUCGAACCUGGGCGACUCGUUCUACAUCCGCACACAUUUCGAUUUUGAAAAGGACGCCCCCUCUGCUCUGAGCUUCACCCGGGGCGAGGUCUUUCACGUGGUGGACACCAUGUACCGGGGGAAAGUCGGCAGCUGGCUAGCCAUGCGGAUGGGCAAAGAUCUCCAGGAACUCGACAAGGGCAUCAUCCCUAACCGAAACAGGGCGGAGCAGAUCGCCAGCCUGGAGUCCGUCCUCAAGGCCACGUCGGGGGCCGCCUCUUCGGGGCCGCGGGCCGAGUUCUGGAAACUGCGGGGACUGCGGGGAGCUAAGAGGAACCUGAGAAAGAGUCGCGAGGACCUGUCCGCCCUCACCAAGCAGGGGCAUUACCCGCCCUACGAGAGGGUCAUUCUGAAGGAAGCAACCUUUAAGCGCCCAAUCGUGAUCCUGGGACCCAUCGCCGACAUCGCCAUGCAGAAACUCAGCACUGAAUUGCCAGAUCAGUUUGAGAUUGCAGAGAGCGUGGCGAGAGAAGGAAGCUCGUCGAAGGUUAUCAAGUUGGACUCCGUGUGGCAUAUUGCAAAACAGGAUAAACACGCCCUUUUGGACAUCACCCCGGCUGCCGUGGAGAGGCUCAACUACGUCCAGUACUUCCCCAUCGUGGUCUUCUGCGAGCCGGACAGCCGGCAGGGCGUCAAAGCCAUGCGCCAGUGGCUGGCCCCGGAAUCCAAGAAGAGCUCGCGGCGCCUCUACGCCCAGGCUGGCAAGAUGCGGAGGGACUGGAGCCACCUCUUCACAGCCACCAUAAGCCUGGCCGGUGGCUCCAACAGCUGGUACCAGAGCCUCAAGGACAUCAUCCGGGUGCAGCAAGCCCGACCCGUAUGGACGACAGAGGAGCAGGUGGAUGUUCCAGCCGAGGAAGGCUUGGACCUGUUGAACCAGCCCUCGCCCACCAGCCCGGGCUACCUGACCUGCGACAGCCGGGCCAACAGCGACUACGAUGAGACGGACGCAGAAGGGGAAGCUUACACUGACCAAGAGCUCGAGGAAUCCUAUCAGGAGCCGGCCCUGGCUCGCUCCUCGGAACCCACCGAGCAAAACACGGAGCAGGACCUCAGCGAGCGAGUAGCGGCCGCUUUGGCUUACCCCGUUAAGCAGCACGGCGGCGACCAGCAGCAACCUCAAGGCCAAUGGAGGGAAGAAUAUGGAAUCAGGGAAUACGAACAUGAUGCCCUGCGGAAAAAGUUCACCCACGCUCAGACGUAUGACUCCGAAUCGGACCAGGACUACGGUUACGACUGGGGACCUGCCACAGACCUCUAGACUGUUCUCAUCCCUCUGCAGAGAUUGGGGUUCGCCGAUCGGAGGAAAUGCUAUACACAUUGUGUUAUUUUUUUCCCAUUUGGAAGUUCUCUUGGCCAACGACACCCCUGUAUGCCCCCUUUCCAGCCCCGGACCCCUGCGGAUCAGGGCCUUCCCCCUCCCUCCCCAAGCUCAGGUCCUGAUUCCUUGCGGAACCAUCUGGUUCUCUCUGCUCCGAAAGUCCCGCGGUCGGGGGGGACGUACGGGACGGGACAGUUUGUGCAAACGGCUUGCAGCUUUUGAACGAAAGACCUCGAGGUUACAUCGGUUCUUUUUUUAAAAAAAACGAGAAGCUGAAAAAUAAAUCUCCAUGCACAUCUGCAAAGUUUGGGCCAGUUUUUUUAAUUAAAUAAAAAACAAAACACCUCCGUUAUUGAUCUCUCGCUGUCGGAGAAACACUCAAAACACCCCUCUGGAUUUUUGCCUUAAUAAAUAGCUUAUUUUAA